AUGAAGCCACAACACCCUGGGUUGAGAGUGUUAACAGCAGGCGAGAAAUGGUUCUCGAGAUGGUGGACUGGGACUAGCUGUCAAACGGUUACCUUUGCUAAGGUAUAGUGAGUUGUAAUGUUAUAAUUUUUAAUUUAGUUCGAAACAACCUAAGAGUACACGAAACAAAAGAAAGUUUCCCUGUUUUAUUUCUUUUCGCAUACGUUAGUCAUUUCAAAACUGUCAAGCCCUCUUUUGUUUAGGAAAACUAGGCGCGAGAGGAGGGGAGGGGGUGGAAUCCACUUUGCAAGGAGUGAGUGACGUUCUUUGGCAUUUAAAGAUAAUAGUACGCAGCGUUUUGAACUCUUAAACAUACUGUUGUAAAAAGUUAGGCAAGGGUCAAGAUUUUUUAAUACAAAAUAACCCGGCUAUGUUUUGUUUUUGUUUUGUUUUGUUUUUUUUUCGUUUUAUCUUCUAGUUCGUCGGUUCGUUCGUUUGUUUUUUACUUAUACGCAGUACGGCAUGAUAAGCUUAUACUUUCAAUUUCAAUAUUUUUUCCGACGAGUUGCUUCCGCCAAUUCCUACAGGGAAAAUAUUCCAAACCACCGACGAUUUUUGCAACCGCUGAGCACUACAGGUCGCGCCUAAAGCAUGAUGCCACCACUGUAUGGCUUGAAGAUGUCACGGCAACUUCCUUCAAGAUUUGUCUUCGGGAGCUGCAAAAUUUUGCCGGGGUUCAUGAAGACAUAUCGGUGGUAGGUAUUUGUGACUCUAUUUUUCCAGACUAAUUACAGAGCAAAAUAGUUUUAAAAAAAUGGGAAAUUUUAUGAAUUAUGUAAUGUACCAUCAUCCUCUACUACAGGAAGGUAACUUGUUGAAUUCAACUCCCACAUGAUAACGUAUUUCAACUAAUUUGUAUGCUUAACUUGCGAUCUGCGGAAUGGAAUGAUAUAAGUCAGAGAGCAGUAAACUAGUAUCUAUCAAAAGGAAGUGUUUAAAUGGUAGGUCGAAGUGAAACCCUGGAACCAAGUGCGACUUUCUAUGUGCCAAUAUUGUGCCCAUUUUCUUUCUAUCAUCAUUUUCCGUUAGAACUGGUUGGCGUUUGACUCCCUCCAUAGACCACUGUUUUCAGAACACAGUGAAGUAACUUUCCAGAAUGACGUUUUGCCUUCCGAGAGUGACAACUUUGCUUUUUGCAAGGUAAGCACAAGACUAAAUACGGAAUUAGUGUUAGUCGCUGAACCUUAGGAAUUUCUUUCCCCAAAGUUUGGGCUACCCAUCGACCUAAAAAAUUAUGUGGAAAAUCAAUUUCGUAUGGCGACUGUCCUUGAAGUACCGUUUUUGAAAGUGAAUAAUGUUUCUCAAUGAGGAAACAAGAUCAUUUAGGCAGAAAUAUUUGGUCCACGCAGGGCAAAAUAAUCUCAUUUGCAGUUGGCGAAUGUGUUCUACAAAUGAAACUUGCCAUUCUUCUGACGCUAGAAUUCUAGCUCACUGCUCACAUAAUUGAAGCAUACAUUUUUAGAAAUUCAAUAUUUUAUUAUUUCAAAUUAGCUGGAUGCUGUGAAAAAUGACUAAACUGCUCCCUACCAGCGAAAAAAGUUGUAUUUCCACACAACCAAUAACUAUGUUCAUUGCUACCAUAUCGCUGUGAUUUACACCAAUUAACAAAUAGAUUUCAUCUUACCGUCCACAUGUUCACCAAAAGGUCACAUAUGACACCAAAAAGUGGCGUGAAAAAACGAGUGGCACACCAUAUUUUGACGUCAUCUAUGAUUUAUAACUGUACAGACCUACGGCCACAUAGAAUCUACUUUUUCUUUAUCAUAUAAAAACUAAUUUGUUGUUAACGAUGACGUCAUCUAUGCGUCUGUCCUCAAUUACAUCAUAGGUAAGAACCGAUCAAAAAGCUUAAAGGAUUCAGCUUAUCGUAUAAUAAUCAAUUCUAUCUUUCGUAUUUUAAGAAUGUAAGUUUCAGGUGGAGCUACAGAAAAACACCAAUAGUGUUGUUAACGGCAAAGCACUCCACCAACGACGGAAAUGCAGCCGCAGAGUGCAACGGAAUUGCAAGCUGGAUUGAGGUAAUCUGCAAAGCUGAAUUUGCUGAGAAGCAUCGGAAAGUCCGUUCAGUUUACUCGGCUUUUUUCUCCUUUCGAAAAAAAUGAGUAAAGUCACUGGCUAAAGAAAAGUCCUAUUUUUCUGUGUCUUCAGCAUGAUAGAACAGGCAACGACAGGGAAGAAAGAAAAAACUUGGCUCUCUUAUGACCAAUAAUCUACCCGAUUACCCGUUGGUUGCAAAUGCAAUAAGCAACAGAGAAUUCAUAUUGGGUAUUUUACUUCAAAAAUUUUAUCACGAAUCAUAUGUUAAACUUCUUUAACCUUUUAAUCAUCUGCUUUACGUGUGAGUGUGACAGAGUGAGUUCUUGUAUCGUAUCGUAAAUUGCUUUUUCGUGUAUCCAAUAUAAGUUGUACCAUUUUUGCCUGCUUUUUGCUUUUUCGAAACUUUUUUGUUAGCUUCCAAUCUAUCUAUUUUGUCACUUUUCUCCUUUGAAUUAUUUGACAAAGCGCUGUGUCCUUAUCACAUAUUCACAUAUCUCUCCUUCAACCUGAAAGACAACACGCAAAGUAAAAACAUACAUACCCCUUGUCAGUGAUAUGUAGUCCACAAGAGACUGGUUAGAUUAUAACACACCAAUAAGGUCAUCUCUCAAGAGUACGAUAGAGCUCACUUGACCAACAUUUCCGUUCGGCUUUUAAAGCCCUAUCUCUUUUUUUAUUGAGUUCAUCACCUGUUCCGGCUUCCGCAUUUGUGUCAAGGAACUCUUCAUCCAGCGUUUCGAUCCACUGACAGUGUCAUAUGCUGUACUAAUAGGUGAGGGAAUUCACUUGCCAAUUACAAAAUUACUUAUCAAGAAUAUCAAGUAUCCAGAAUUUGAAUUGAAAGGGGCUUAAGCACACAAUGAUAGGAGGGUCUUCAGGCCCUUUGAGGAAAUGUUUUCGGGCUCUCAGGUCUCCUCGUCUCUUACAGCACCUACCCUUCCCUCCCAACAUAAGAAUUUUGCUGUCGUUCGAACAUUUAUUUCAACAGAUAUUUGCGAGGAUGACUGGGAAUAUUUCAAUGGAUAUUGCUACAGAAAAGUAUCUUCCUGUGAUUCAUGGAGCAAUGGCCAGGGAACAUGCGCAGCCCUGGGAGCUAAUCUUCCAAGUAUCCAUAGUCAAGAGGAAAAUGUUUUUGUUCAAAGUCUACAUGGUGGAGAGCAUUCUUGGCUGGGGCUCUCUGAUACCAAAUCUGAAGGUCCUGAAGGGAACUUUGUUUGGAGCGAUGGAGCACCAUUUGACUUCAAUUUUUGGGCGCAACACCAACCGAAAAAAUCACAUAAACAGAACUGUGUUCAUACACUAGGUUUCCUUCAAGAUCAUCUGUACAAAUGGAAAGAUGUUAAUUGCACUGAAUGUCACAGAUUCACUUGUAAGAAAGGUACGACAUAUUUUGAAGAAUGAAUCGGAGAUGUUGCCAUUAGUGGAGAAUUAACAGCAAUGUUUUGAGUCUUUUUUCUUUCUUACGUCCACUUAUCUCCUAUCAAAAGAUAACCUUACUCAAGGAAAGGAAUGCUACAAGGUUAAUAACUGAUAAGCUAACACAUAUAUGUAAGCCUUUUGGUCGUUAAAUGGGGAACUAUCUAUUUCUGUUGAUAUAGAAAAUCUUAGUCAACUAUUGCUUACGGCAUCAACUACUAGCUUACGAUUUGUUAAACGUUACCUGAAGUAAUAAUCUCAGAAAAAAAAGAAAUGAUGCCAUGAAGUGACUUCCCUAUGUUGAUACUUGAAUAGCUUUAAUGACCAUUUUUACUUUUACAGACUACAACGAAUGCAAAGAUCUUUCCUUCGAUUGCCCAGAGAAUGCCACUUGUGUGAAUAGAGAUGGUACCUACUCGUGUCGAUGUCCUUUUGGAUUUCGUUUAGAUGGGAAAAACUGCUCAGGUCUGUAAAAACAUGACACCUUUAAUGAACAGCACAUAAUAUAAUUGCGAAAAAAUUAACAUAUACGGAACAAUAUAAAACUGUCGUUUUAAAUAUAAAAAGGCCUCUAAGAGAAUUUACGAAUAGACCUCCCUUCUCAACCCGAGUUACGAAAGGUAAAAAUGUCAAUAUAUCUGCUAACAAUGUAAUAAUGCUUUUGAUUUGGGUGUCAAUUUUCAGAUUUGUGACGUUACCACUGCAAAUGACAUCAUCACUGAUAACAGACAGAUUUAUAACAAUGUUUGACCUAAUACCUCUAGAUUUUCAUUUUUAUUCGGUGAAAUGUCUUCAUUCUAUGGCACAUUAGGGAAAUGUUAUAUCCUGACCUUUUGAAAUGGUAAAAACUGAAGAUCUUUCAAACAAUGUUGGAUGAACCUCGAUUAUCGGGACUCGUUGAGACUGGACGAAAUAGUCCGGAUAAUUUAGGUUCCUGAUAAUCGAGAACAUGGAUAUUAAUGAGGAACAAAAACUAAUUAUUUUAAGAGAGCGACAUUUGAUCAUGAAACAAAACAUUCACAAAUCGUUUUUAAAAAAAGCAUGGUCUACACCUCCACUUUCCGUUGGGAAUACCUCCACAAGUGUGUAUUAACAAUUAAAAUUAAUGAAAAAUGUUUUUACAUUGGCCUAAAAUGUCAAAGUAAGCCAGUUUGUCUUAAAGAAGAACAUCGCGUGCGCAUUGAUCGAGAGUCCCAUCAUUCUUCCAAGCUACAUGAUCUGGAUAGCGUAAACAUUGUUCUGUCUUUCCAUUCAUAAUAAACACUUUUUACAACAUUCAACAGCGUCAGAGUUCGAAACAAUUUUCUCAUCUUGGCCUUCAUGUUCCUCAUCGCCGCUACUUUCAUCUUCGAAAGAAGACUUCCAAUAACGCUUUCUAAAAUUUGCUUAUCGAACAGCUGUGGCGAAGUUGGGAGCUCAUUUUCACUCAGCAACAAAGCAACUCUAAGUCAAUCCGACCGCAUUCGAAUGUUCUUCAUUAGUUAACACGCGUACGAGCGCUGCUUUUGCUUUUUGGAAGCGAAACAAACUCGCUUUUACUUCACUUUUCAACCCUGCUGUUUUAAAAAAGAAUAUGGCUACGGAUCUUGAUCUUGACUUUUAAAAGAAAAAGUCCGGAUCAUCGAGGGUCGACUGUAAUCUCUUAAUAGGCUAUUUGAUAUCAAUUGCGAGUGGCUAAGAAUGGGCCAAUUUUCAAAAGCAUUCACAAAAGGAAACGCAAUAAAUUUCACUGGAAAGAUCUCUCAGUUUUUCGUGCUCCCAGAUCGUUACCUGAGCAAACGUAAACUUUCGAAUCUGUCGCCUUUUCGCAAUCUUUCACUAUGGAUAUAGCUGCUAGAAACCCUUAAGUCACUAUUAUUAAAAAACUGUCCUAUUUUAGGCUGAUUUAAUACUCCUUUCCCGCUAAUAAUCGUUUGAUGGUGUCCAGGCGCUAUCAUUUUUUUUUGUUUGUUGACAUUUUUAAAGCUCUCACGGUGUUCGUAUCCAGAUCUCGUGCGAUCAAAAACCCUAUCAAAGCAAAUUUUGUUCUUCAAACAGAUAUGGACGAGUGCAGCUCAGAAUCGUUUCCUUGCCAUGCAAAAGCCCAGUGUUUCAACAUUCCUGGCUCUUAUUCCUGUAAAUGUUUGGCAGGAUAUUCUGGCGAUGGAAAAGUAAACUGUACAUGUAAGUAAGAACUUUUGACUUGGUCUCCAUCCUUCUGAAAAUUACACUCCACCUCGACUCCCAUCAACACGAGCCUCCAAGAAAAAUAGAAAGAAGGUUUGAGUUAGGUAGAGCGCUCUCUUUCGAAGCUAAGGAAAAAAGCGCUGAAAUUUGGACAAACUUCAACCGCAUUUCUAUUCUGUAGCUUUAUAUUCAGUUUAACUGUUUCCAAAUGUCUUAACUUAGACUCAGAAGCUAAGAACUGUGCUGAGCUGUACAAAUCUGGUAAGUCAACCAGCGGUGUUUAUGUAAUCGACCCUGAUGGUUCUGGUGCCUUUGAUGUAUACUGUGACCAGACAACAGCCGGUGGGGGGUGGACGGUGUUCCAAAAGAGACUGGAUGGCUCGGUAAGUUUCUACCGCGGCUGGACCGAUUAUAAGAAUGGCUUUGGUGACCUGAAUGGAGAAUUCUGGCUGGGACUGGACAAGAUACACCGUUUGACAAAAACAAAGAAAAGGCUUCGAGUAGAUCUGAUGGACACCAAAGGCAACACUGCUUACGCUGAGUACGACAUGUUUGCAGUUACCAGCGAGAGGACUAAAUACAAGCUCAGCCUUGGCACUUAUUCAGGUAAAUGAACGAUGUUGUGUAGGUGGGCCUCUGCUUGUGAUACUAAACUUGUUUUUCUAGAUAAUGGUUCUCGUUAAAUGUGGUUUAAAUUAUGGUAUGACAUCUUGUUUUCCUUUCUUUUACAAAUAUUGGGCGGGAGGUCCCUAAUGAAGAAAACUACGCCCGGGUCAUUGAGUAUCCUUUGUGGCUAUAGUCAUCAUCGGAGAGCCAGGGGCUGUGAGUCGAUUUCAAGUCAGGGCGGAAGAGCCCCUGGGGACAUUGUUUUACAAUACUAGUUCCAAACGGUCGCAGCCGUUCUGGCAUCUGAUUGGUGCCAGAAAAUCUUUGUGUUUUUCUGCCCAAUCAGAGUGAAGUAUGCUUUAGAGUCCUUUCGUGUGUUUUAACACGAAGAUGUACAAGAAGCUCAGUUGCUCGCCUUGUUUGUUUGGGCCGUUCAACGAAGCUUUGCCCGAGGUGAAAAGUUUCAGUCUCAGUACACAAUGUAAGAGAAAUCGAUCAGAUUGUCCGCGAAAAUCUUAUCAGAAAUUAUAUUGAAUACUUUCGCAGGUAUCACAAGAGAACGUAUUUAAAAGUUUGCGAGGUUCGUAUUAAACAUAAUGGUUGAAGGCGUUAAUAUGUCGCUUUAAACGUUAGACGAGAUGUAAGCUUAAAUCUUUCUAGAUUUCUCGUAUAAUUUGCUGUGACUGAAACUUUGCCAAUUCCGUGAAGUUAUUUGGUCGCACGGACCACGCAGGUAUAUCGAGCAACUGGCGCUUAUACUUACAUGCUGAAUCUGUAUUUACCUGUGCAAUGCAGCCAUUAUCAAAUAUCUUAAUAUCUUUUUGGAUUUUUUUUCAGGAACUGCCGGUGAUUCUCUUUCUCGUCAUAGUGGUCAUCCCUUUUCAACCAAAGAUCAAGAUAAUGGCAAAGAUAACUGUGCUGUGCUUUACAAAGGAGCCUGGUGGUACUUCGGCUGUCAUCAAUCUAACCUGAAUGGACUUUACCGUCAUGGGAAGCAUUCAUCUUAUGCCGAUGGAGUCAACUGGCGUCACUGGAAGGGAUAUUACUACUCCGUCAAGAGAGCUGAGAUAAAAAUUAGACCAGUUUCGUUUUAGAACGUCCUAUUUUGUUUCCAGUUCAACGUUGUUUAUUGUAAAUUGCUUUUUUAUUAACCAAAAUUCACUGAAACGGAGUUAUCGUAACGAUGAAAACGAUUCUGUAAUGUAAAGCAAAAAAUCACAAGAAUGAGUGGGUCAUACUUGUUCAUACUGAUUUAGCGGAGAGACUUCAACUUAUUCAAAAGAAAAUGAUCGCAGUGGGUUCAUACGUAUGAUAGAACGCUCUCAAUAUUUGUCACUCUGUCUGGCAAGGUAAAUUAUUCUUUGUUUUUUUCCAUCAGCGUCUAACACAUAAGAGAAUAAAUUACUGACUGAGCCAUCGGCUGAAUCAGUACGCAACGAUAUGUGGAUUAAAUACCUGCGAAUAGGCGAUGACAAAGUAAUGAAGCCGAUAACAAUUCAUGAUAGACAACAGGAAGAUUAAUAACGUAAAAACACUGUAAAUUCAACUCAAGUCAAAGCUGAGUAUUAAAGGCUAG